AUGCGAAUCUCGGCAAUCAACUUAGCCCAUUACCGCCUCGUCGUCGUUGGCGGCGGAGCUGGCGGGCUUGGAGCUGCGUCGAAAUUCGCUCGUAAGCUCCCGAAAAAUUCGAUCGCGAUCAUCGAGCCCAGCGAGUUCCACUACUACCAGCCUGGCUUUACGUUCGUUGGCUCCGGCGAAUUGAAGCUGACCGAUAAUACGAGGAGCGAGAUUGACCUAAUCCCUUCCAACACCAAAUGGUAUAAAAAUGCGGCCAAAACGUUGGAUCCGGAGCAGAAUACGGUUUUAUUAGAGAAUGGUGAAAGCCUAACUUACGAUUAUUUGAUUGUAGCAACAGGGAUUCGACCGCGUUAUGAUUUGAUAAAAGGAUUGCCGGAAGCGCUAUCGAUGGAGGGCAGCGGUGUGUGCAGCAUUUAUAUACCGCAUUUUGCAGAGAAAACUAACCGAGAAAUUGAGGCUUUCAAGGGUGGCAAAGCGCUGUUUACUUUCCCGGCCGGCCCGAUAAAGUGUGCAGGUGCGCCGCAGAAAAUUAUGUAUCUUGCCGACGAGAUUUUCCGGAAUCGCGGUAUUCGUGGAAAGGCUGAGCUUCACUAUUAUACCUCGUUGCCAAAGAUUUUCGGAAUCGAAAAAUAUGCCGUAGCGUUGCAAAAGAUCGUCGAAGAAAAGGAUAUCCGGCUGCAUCCAAGGAGAGUGUUGAAAGAAGUUCGACUGGAUAAAAAGACAGCCAUUUUUGAUAUUUUCAACGAAGAGGGGAAGCCGAGUGGUGAAACUGAAGAGAGCGAGUAUUCCUUCCUUCACGUCGGCCCACCAUGCCGCCCGGUGCCUGCUGUCAGCGACUGUAAAGCCCUGGUUGACGCCACUGGCUUCGUUGAUGUCGAUCCGAAUACGUUACAAUCUCGUCGCUUUGUCAAUGUGUUUGCUGUCGGCGACACCGCCAACACACCGAAUGCCAAGACGGCCGCUGCAGUUUCCGGGCAACUUGGCGCGCUGGAGAAGAACCUGAAGGCAGUGAUGGCUGGCAAGCCGCUGACCGGAAGUUACGAUGGCUAUGCGUCCUGCCCGUUGCUCGUCGGAGGGAAGAAGGUCAUCCUCGCCGAGUUCACCCCGAAAGGUCCUCUCGAAACGCUCCCCAUCAAUCAAGCGGUCCCGCGCGGAAUCUCGUACUUUAUGAAGCGCCAUAUCAUGCAACCGCUGUACUGGCAUGGUUUGGUGAAGGGUCUCUGGAACGGCCCAACGACGAUUCGAAAGAUUCUCCACUUUGGGCGCUCGGAA